UCUGUAGGCUGCUUCUCGGCCGUUCACUCUGAUUACGGCUCCUCAGGAAAAAGGGCGACCACAGGAGGGGAAACACGGAGCUCUUCGCUACUUUGAGAGGACACUUCUGAGAGAGAGAUGGCUGCAAUCAGAAAGAAGCUGGUGAUAGUUGGGGAUGGUGCGUGUGGGAAAACCUGCCUGCUUAUUGUCUUCAGUAAGGACCAGUUCCCAGAGGUCUACGUCCCCACUGUGUUUGAGAACUACAUCGCUGACAUUGAAGUUGAUACCAAACAGGUGGAGUUGGCAUUGUGGGAUACAGCAGGUCAGGAAGACUAUGACAGAUUGAGGCCUCUCUCUUACCCUGACACAGACGUAAUCCUCAUGUGUUUCUCCAUAGACAGUCCCGACAGUUUAGAGAACAUUCCUGAGAAAUGGACACCUGAAGUGAAGCACUUUUGUCCCAAUGUCCCAAUCAUCCUCGUGGGCAACAAGAAGGACCUUAGGAAUGAUGAACACACACGCAGAGAGCUGGCCAAGAUGAAACAGGAACCAGUAAAGCCUGAAGAAGGCAGAGACAUGGCCAACCGCAUCAGUGCCUUUGGCUACCUGGAGUGUUCAGCCAAGACCAAGGACGGAGUGCGGGAUGUGUUUGAGAUGGCGACCAGAGCGGCACUGCAGGUGCGCAAGCGUAAGAAGAGGGGUGGCUGCCAGAUUCUGUGAACAGCCAGAGUGUGUUGGCCACAGCACCUGAGGGAGGACUACCCCCUCCCCGACACACAGAGCAAACCUAGCGAAACCUUAAAUCAAUGGCUUCCAUGGACUUCACAGACGCAGAUAUGCCACUGGCAAAUAUGAAAGACUGACACACCUGUUUAAAAGCAAAACAAAUCAGCCUUCUUUUUUUUCUUUUUUUUUAAAGCAGCCUCCUCUGCAGCUCACUCUUAGUUAUUGCUUCUUUCCUGUUUUUUUUUUCUCUACCAGAACACAAGCUUGUUUGAAGGACCAACCCGCUUACUUUACUUUUAUAUGUAUGAAUGUAUGUUUGUAUUUAUGUGCAUAUACUUUAUAAAUGUCAUGCAUUGGCCACUGUGUUAUGUUUGUUUACAGAGAUGGGUUUUGUGGACUUUCUCUCACAGCUAUGAGCUGCACACAGCUUUACUUUUGCUGUUUUCCUCUGCUUCUCUUCAACCUGUGUGUAUCACUUAGUCUCCUUUUAUACAUCAGCUUCAGUCCUGAUUCUUAAUCUUUUUUGUCAGACAACAAUUUAUUUUAGACCCCAAAAGUUCUAUUUCACCAAGUGCUGUGUCAGCAGAGUGCUGUUUUCCACAGCUUUCUCUUCUGACACAAAGGACUAAAUUUAGAGCCUGUUCACACUUCAUUAAUCCACUGAAACCUACAUAAAGUAAUGCAGGAGUGACUGUAUGGAAAGGCUUUGGACUGCACCUUGGUCUCUGUCUUUCUCCAUGGCGAUGGCUUAAACUGGCACUGCAGACAGUAGUCUAUUGUCUUGGACACAAUAUGCGCAGUCGUGCUCACACUGGCUCUGGCAGACGUCACUACAGCUUUCCCCCUGAUGAGCCCUGCAUCCUGCCUGUACUGUUUGAGGUCCAGUAUACAGUCAUCUCGCAUUACUGUGUACUGGACUCACUGUGGAUGAAUGCACACAAUAUACAGCCAUAUUAAUAUUGUAUAACAUCAGCCUACUCUGUGUGUAAAAGUAGCUGACAACUAGAUUAGCAGCUCAAACACCAUUACGUGGUGUACAGGAGCCCUUAGUCACUGUGUGGACAUUCUUUGAGUUGUGAACAGGCAAAAACCAGUGUCUCUUGAGUAGCCCCUAAAGAUGAUAGAAGUGUUUCCAAACAAUGUAGACAAAGGUGGUGAUUAAGAAUAACAGUGAUGUCUUUUGGCCCUAAGCUAAAACCGUAAAGCUGAAGAGAUUUUACACCAAUGUGACAAAACU